AUUACCCCGAAGAGAUGGAGGACGAGGAUGAUGCCAGCUAUUGCACUGAGAGCAGCUUCAGGAGCCACAGCACCUACAGCAGUACCCCAGGUAGAAGGCGACAGAGAAUACAUCGACCUCGUUCUCCAAUCCUGGAAGAAAAAGACAUCCCUUUUCUUGACUUGCCCAAAUCCUCAGGGGACUUAAUGGUGCCUAAUGAGCAUAUAAUGAAUGUUAUUGCCAUCUAUGAGGUACUGCGGAACUUUGGCACUGUUUUACGCCUGUCCCCUUUUCGUUUUGAAGACUUCUGUGCUGCUCUAGUAAGCCAAGAACAGUGUACACUGAUGGCUGAGAUGCACAUAGUGCUUUUAAAAGCAGUUUUACGUGAAGAGGACACUUCAAAUACUACCUUUGGACCUGCUGACCUCAAAGAUAGCGUUAAUUCCACAUUAUAUUUUAUAGAUGGGAUGACUUGGCCGGAGGUUUUGCGGGUAUACUGUGAGAGUGACAAGGAGUAUCAUCAUGUUCUUCCUUUUCAAGAGGCAGAGGACUACCCUUAUGGACCAGUUAAAAAUAAAAUUCAAGUUCUGCAAUUUUUAGUGGAUCAGUUUCUGACAACAAACAUUGCACGGGAGGAGUUAAUGUCUGAAGGCGUUAUACAGUAUGACGACCAUUGUAGAGUUUGUCACAAACUGGGGGACUUGCUGUGCUGUGAAACUUGCUCAGCUGUCUACCACUUAGAGUGUGUGAAACCGCCUCUUGAAGAGGUCCCAGAGGAUGAAUGGCAGUGUGAAGUUUGUGUAGCGCACAAGGUGCCUGGUGUAACAGACUGUAUUGCUGAAAUCCAAAAAAAUAAACCAUAUAUUCGACAUGAACCUAUUGGAUAUGAUAGAAACAGGCGGAAAUACUGGUUCCUGAACAGGAGGAUUGUUAUAGAGGAAGACUCAGAAUGUGAAAAGCAUAAGAGAAUCUGGUACUAUAGCACAAAAGUCCAGCUGGCAGAAUUAACUGAAUGCCUAGACAAAGAUUACUGGGAAGCUGAUAUCUGCAAAACUCUGGAAGAAAUGCGUGAAGAAAUUCAUGGGCACAUGGACAUAACAGAAGACCUUACUAAUAAAGCACGGGGCACCAACAAGUCUUUUCUUACAGCAGCAAAUGAAGAAAUUCUGGAAACAAUCAGAGGCGGAAAAGGAGAGCUAUUAGAGGACAGAAGCUCGGUUGCCGAUGAAGAAAAAACUACGGUUGAAAAUAAAGAGUGCACAGAUACUGAGAAUGGAAAAGAAGAACUUUCAAACCAACAGAUGGAAGUCAACAAGGAAAUAGUAGCAGAGGAAAGUUCUGAGAAAGGAAGAAAGGAAGAAUCAGCAGAUGCAUGCGAUGAAAACAAUUCUGUACUAUCACUUCCCGGAAGCAGCAUCACAAAUGUUGCUGCAGUGGAGGCUGAUGCUUCUGAAGGGAAGAACACAGUAGGAUGUGAUUCAGAAAUUCCUGAUGAUAAUAAGGCAGACAAAAAUAUGGCAUCAGAAGAUCUUAAGGCUAUUUCAGAUGAAACAACUAAGACAAUUCCUAAUCUGAACAUAGAUUCAUCUGCUGAAGCGUUUUUGUCGGACCAAGAACACAGCAGUAGCAAUGAACCAAAUUCUAUGCAGAGUGAAUCUGUGAAGAAUUCUGAUGAAGUGGAAACCACUGAAGGAGAUUCUCAGAACUCAGACGACCCAGGCGAUAAAUCUAAUGGUGAGAGAAGUGAAUCUCCAAACAGUGGAAUAGGCACUCCAGGUUCAACGCGAAUGGUCACCAGGUUACGAAAUCCAGAUAGCAAACUCAGCCAGCUGAAAAUUCAGCAGGUUGCUGCUGCAGCACAUGAAGCAAAUAAACUUUUUAAAGAAGGCAAAGAGGUGCUUGUGGUUAAUUCCCAAGGGGAAAUUUCCCGAAUGAAUACCAAGAAGGAAAUAGUUAUGAAAGGAAGCAUCAGCAAUUAUUUUAAGCUGGGUCAAGAAGGGAAGUAUCGUGUCUACCAUAAUCAAUAUGCUACCAAUUCUUUUGCUCUGAAUAAACAUCAACACCGAGAAGACCAUGACAAAAGACGUCACCUUUCUCACAAGUUUUGCCUAAGUCCUGCCGGAGAGUUCAAAUGGAAUGGUUCUGUCCAUGGGUCAAAAGUUCUCACAAUAUCCACGCUAAGGUUAACAAUAAUUCAGCUAGAGAAUAACAUCCCUUCCUCAUUCCUUCAUCCCAACUGGGCUUCACACAGAUCUAAUUGGAUCAAAGCUGUCCAGAUGUGCAGCAAACCUAGAGAAUUUGCAUUGGCUCUGGCUAUAUUGGAAUGUGCAAUUAAACCAGUUGUUAUGCUGCCCAUUUGGAGGGAGUCCUUGGGUCACACCAGGUUACGCAGAAUGACAGCGAUUGAAAGGGAAGAAAAAGAGAAGGUGAAAAAAAAGGAGAGAAAACAAGAGGAAGAAGAAACCAUGCAACAAGCAACUUGGGUGAAAUAUACGUUUCCCAUCAAACACCAGGUCUGGAAACAAAAAGGAGAAGAAUAUAGAGUAACAGGAUAUGGUGGAUGGAUAUGGAUUAGUAAAACACAUGUUCAUAGAUUUGUACCCAGAUUACCUGGAGAUACUAAUGUCAGUUAUAGAAAGUUACUACUUGCAAAGAACAAUACUGCUGCUAUCACAGAACAACAGCACGAACUGGAUAAAAGGAAAAAUCCAGCAAAAGUAAAAGUAGAGCACUGUUCUUUGAAAAAUAGAAUAAAAAACUUCCAUGAACCACAUAAAAAGGACCAAAAAGAAACUGAACAUUCUGAGACCACAAAGAAAAGUCAAACCAAGGAAGAAAAUGAACUAAAUGAAGAAAAGCCUGAAAUUGACGGACUUUUUGAAAAACCAGAUCAUGCAAAGGAAGAUGAAAAAGGAAUCUGUGAAAAUGAUAAAGACAUCAAGGAAGAACCUAUGGAAAUAGAUGAAGUAAAAAUGGAUACUUCCCCCAAAUGUGAAGAAACUCCAAUCAGUGCAGAUUUAAUAAAUGUUAGUGAAGGUUUUCACUUAAGGACAUGUUACAAAAGGAAAGUGAAAACAUCAAAAUUAGAUGGACUACUUGAAAGAAGAGUAAAACAAUUUACACUAGAGGAAAAGCAGCGAUUAGAAAGAAUUAAACUUAAAGCUGCUUCCAAUUCCUCAGAUUGUAAAUCUCUGAGUCCACAAAGGAAUACAGAUGCUCUACCAUUAGUUAAGGCAGAAACAGAUGAAAAGAGAGCCCAUAGUUUAGGUACAAAGCAAUCUGAAGAUCCUGUUAAAGACUGUUUGUCACCUAACAAUAUCCACUUCAAUAAAAACAGUGAAUCAGUCCAAUCCUUGUCUUGCUUGAAUAGACUUUUAGAUGAAGAAUCAGACCUCAUUUCCGAUCAGUGCUCAGAUACUCAAUGUUUGGUAGCAGCAAAUGCUCAUGGAAGUGCUUCUGAACCAGUGGAUACAGAGAAAAAUAAAAUGCUGAGUAAGGAGGAUGAUAAUUCAACCAUGGAACAUUCUCAAGCAAUAGACAAUAAAGAAUCAACCAAAUGCAGUGUGUUAGAGGACAAUGAAAAAAGCUCAGAGGAAAUCACAGGACCUAAUUGUGAAGAUAAUAUACAGCCAGAAGGAAUUGAACAGAACUGUGAAAAAGACACUGCAUCUCUCAUUAAGAAAGAAAAUGAAACAUUGAAAACUAAAAAUCAGGGCUGUGAUUCUGUAGAAGCUUGUAAUUUAGAGGAUCAUCAUGCAGCAAAUAACAUAAAUGCGAGUCUACCUAAAAGCAGUGAAGAUGCAUCUGAACCAAAGAUUGCAUUAAAUCCCAAGCAAGACCUUGAAGGUCUGAAAUCAUUGCGAACUGAGCUUAUUUCAGAAAAGGCAUUUGAAGCCCAGAUUCCUGACAUCAUAGGAGAAAACAUCAUUGAUGAAAUUACACACUGUAAAAUUGCUGAAACAAAUGGUAAAAAGCUAGAGCAGGCAAAGUGUGAUCCUCCAACUUCCAUAAGCAAGUGCAUCGAUCAGAUUAAAAGCAUUGCUGAUAAAAACAACAAUAAAAAUGGAGAACAUGAUGUCCAGAUGGACAGAGGAAAGUCAGCAACAUAUCAGAUGAAUGGAAAAGAUGCUGAUUUUAAAGUAUUACCAAAUGAAGAAUGCUUAAAAAGAGAAGCUCUUGCAGAAGCUGAGAGUAAUCUUGACUCUAAAGUCAAUAAUAUUAAUAAAAACAAUCUGCUAGGUAAAACAUUUCCCUCUAAUGAAUCUGUAAAACCAUUUAUGAAUGGAGAUAUCGCUGUGGAAGAUGUGGAUGAGAGAAGAAAUUCAGACAAUGAGUUUUCUAUGGGGAGUUCUGUGGAUCCCAACUGUGAUUCUAGAGGUGGUGUUUUACCUCAGGGGGAUACAUCUCAAGAUAGUGGAAGAAAGCAGUGUUCUUCUGAAAGAUCUAGUCCGGUUGAUGAUGCAUCCAUCACAGCUGUCCAUUCCUGUAACGAGAACAGUAUAAGUAGUGAAACAGAAUGCAUGGAAAUUGAGUCUUCGUGUGUUAAGAAAGCUGCCCUCUCGCCUGUAAUUUCAUGCGAAGAAUCUAGUUUGAGUAACGACUUUCCUGAUCAGAAUGGACUGCAGACACACAGAAUUAAAAACACCAAUGGAGAAAAUGCAGUGAAAGCAGUUGUGACAGAAGUGACCACCACGUCUACCAUUUCUACAGAAUCAAAAACUGUUUGUAAAAUGUCAGAGCUUUCAGCAGUCAAGGAGGAUAAAGAACGUGUGAUGUCAUCAACUGAAAAUUGUUCCAUAUCCACUAUAACAACCACAACCACCACCACUGUAACAAAGCUUACCACUCCCACAACCAACAGUAGUACCGAUGUUAUUUCUGUAAAAGAGCAUAGUAAAACCGUGGUUACGACGACAGUGACUGAUUCCUUAACCACCCCGAGUGGAACAUUGUUGACUUCUAUGACAGUCAGCAAGGAAUAUUCCACACGGAACAAAGUGAAACUAAUGAAAUUUACAAGACCUAAAAAAACUCGUUCUGGAACAGCAUUGCCGUCUUAUAGAAAGUUUGUUACUAAAAGCAGCAAAAAGAGCAUAUUUGUUUUACCCAGCGAUGACUUGAAGAAGUUGGCAAGAAGAGGAGGGAUUAGAGAAGUUCCUUGUUUCAACUAUACUGCUAAGCCUGCUUUGGACAUCUGGCCUUACCCAUCGCCAAGACCAACUUUUGGCAUCACUUGGAGGUACCGACUUCAGACUGUAAAAUCUUUGGCAGGGGUUAGCCUCAUGUUGAGGUUACUGUGGGCAUGCCUAAAGUGGGAUGACAUGGCUGCCAAACCGCCACCAGGAGGAGGAACUACACGGACAGAAACAUCAGAAAUGGAAAUUACAACGACUGAAAUAAUCAAACGGAGAGAUGUUGGGCCAUAUGGGAUUCGAUCAGAGUACUGCAUACGGAAAAUUAUUUGUCCUAUUGGUGUUCCAGAGGCCCCCAAAGAAACGCCAACCCCUCAGAGGAAGGGUCUUAGAUCGAGUGCUUUGAGGCCCAAAAGGCCAGAAACACCAAAGCAAACAGGACCAGUCAUAAUUGAAACCUGGGUGGCAGAGGAGGAGUUGGAAUUAUGGGAGAUAAAAGCAUUUUCUGAAAGGGUGGAGAAGGAAAAGGCCCAGGCAGUUGAGCAACAGGCUAAGAAACGACUGGAACAACAGAAGCAGGUGCCUAUCGUGUGUGGAGCGGCUGCAACUACUACAACUAGCAAUACUGCGACCACAGUCUCCACUCCUCAGAAAGUUGUAGUAGGCCCGUUACCACGCUCCAUGCCCAGUGGAGCCAAAGUAGUGCUGGCCACCAAAAUGGGAUCUCCAGCUACAGUAACAUUCCAGCAGAACAAAAAUUUCCAUCAGACGUUUGCUACCUGGGUUAAACAAGGCCAGCCUUCAACAGGCGUAGUUCAGGUGCAGCAAAAAGUGUUGGGCAUCAUUCCAUCAACUACUGGAGCAAACCAACAAACAUUUACUUCAUUCCAGCCAAGGACAGCAACUGUAACUAUUAGGCCAAAUAAUACAGGGACUGUUUGUACAACAAGUGCUUCACAAGUAAUGCCUGGGACACCUCUUCGUCCUGGAAUGACGGUCAUCAGAACCCCUCUUCAGCAGUCAGCUCUAGGAAAGACCAUCAUCCGGACACCGGUAGUCGUACAGCAAGGUGUUCUUCCAACCAGCCAGACACAACAAGUGGUCACCCAGAUCAUCAGAGGUCAGCCUGUGUCAACAGCCGUGUCCAGCCCUACUACUGUUUCUACCAGCCAAAAGGUGGCAACCGCUCCAGGAAUACCUUCACAGCACAUGCAGCCACAAGCUGCUCCACCACAUCCUCCUCGGCCUCAACAGGGACAGGUGAAGCUUACCAUGGCACAGCUCACACAACUCACACAAGGACAGGGUGGCAGUCAGGGAUUAACUGUAGUAAUUCAGGGUCAGGGUCAAACAACUGGGCAGUUGCAGUUGAUCCCACAAGGUGUGACAGUAAUCCCAGGUCCAGGUCAGCAAUUGAUGCAAGCCGCUAUGCCAAACGGUACCAUUCAGCGCUUUCUGUUCACCCCAUUAUCUACAGCAGCUACGGUAGCCAGCACUACUUCCACAACAGUUUCCACCUCAACAUCAGCUGCAGGAGAACAGAAGCAAACAUCUCUUGCACAGACCCAAACACAGCCAACGCCAGCUCUUCCACCUGCUGAGCCCAAGCCUGCCCCUACUUCGUUCUCAGCUCCGCCUCCAAGCAGUUCAGCUCAGACUGUGAUGCCAGCACAGACCCAGACCGUGCAGGCACCCGUUCCAGUUGAACCCCACCCCUCCCCUGAAGCUCAGGUUCCACCUUCGCUUCCAAGUCCAACAGUCACCUCUGAAGCACAGCCACCCAGAACCCAAUCGACCGUAACUCCAGCUGUGGCUCAGCCCCCACCCCAGAGCCUUGCCCAAGGACUGCCUUUCGCUCCGGCGCAGAACCAAGCCCAGACAGUUAUGCAUCUGCAGACUCCACCCAAAGGACAGACGAUCCAGCCAACUCAGGUACAGACUGCAGCCCCGCAGCAGGUUCAGAUCCAACCACAUCCAUCCGUGCAGAUCCAGACCCAGCAGUCCCAGGUCCCAACGUCAGUCCCAGCUCUUCCGCCUGCUUCGACUGUCAACCAAGUCACGGUACUGCCUCCGCGCCCUCAGCUGCAGAUUCAACCCCCCCAGACCAAGGUCAUUACUGUGCCGCAGCUUCAGCAGCAAGUCCAAGUGUUUUCCCAGCUCCCGUCCCAUAUGGUGGCCCAGAUUCAGGCUCAGCAGAGCGGCCUGCCUCAGCAGAUUAAGCUCCAGUUACCAAUUCAGAUUCAGCAGGCCAGCGCGGUGCAAACACACCAGAUCCAGAAUGUAGUAACUGUUCAAGCCAGUGUCCAAGAGCAACUGCAGAGGGUACAGCAGCUCAGAGAGCAACAGCAGAAGAAAAAACAGCAGCAUAUUGAAAUAAAACGGGAACACUCCCUUCAGGCUUCUAAUCAGAGUGAUAUUAUCCAAAAACAGGUGGUAAUGAAACACAAUGCUGUGAUAGAGCACUUAAAACAGAAAAAGACAUUAACUCCUGCUGAACGUGAAGAGAAUCAACGAAUGAUAGUGUGCAACCAAGUCAUGAAAUAUAUUCUGGAUAAAAUAGAUAAAGAAGAAAAGCAGGCAGCUAAGAAACGAAAACGGGAAGAGAGUGUGGAACAAAAGCGCAGUAAACAGAAUGCUUCAAAACUCUCUGCUCUACUCUUCAAACAUAAGGAACAACUGAAAGCUGAAAUACUGAAGAAAAGAGCACUUUUGGACAAAGAUCUACAAAUUGAAGUGCAGGAAGAACUAAAGAAGGAUCUAACUAAAAUUAAGAGAGAAAAAGAAAAGGCGCAGGCAGCUGCAGCUGCUGCAGCGGCUGCUGCAGCACUGUCUCCCCCACCACCUCCACCGCCGCUUCCUCCACCUCCACCGCCGCCGCCACCUCCUCCUCUACCACCUCCCGCUUCCAGUUCCAGUGUCCCCUCGACCGCCUCAGGCACAUCCUAUAUUUCAUCCCACAAAAGAAAGCGAGAGGAAGAGAAGGAGUCUGCCUCUUCAAAAUCCAAGAAAAAGAAAAUGAUUUCUACUACCUCAAAGGAAACCAAGAAGGAUACAAAGCUUUACUGUAUCUGCAAGACGCCUUACGACGAAUCCAAGUUCUAUAUUGGCUGUGAUCUUUGUACUAACUGGUAUCAUGGAGAAUGUGUUGGCAUCACAGAAAAGGAGGCUAAGAAAAUGGAUGUGUACAUCUGUAAUGAGUGUAAACGGGCACAAGAGGGCAGCAGUGAGGAAUUGUACUGUAUCUGCAGAACACCUUAUGAUGAGUCACAAUUUUACAUUGGCUGUGACAGAUGUCAGAAUUGGUAUCAUGGGCGCUGCGUUGGUAUUUUACAAAGUGAGGCAGAUCUCAUUGAUGAGUAUGUCUGCCCACAGUGUCAGUCAACUGAAGAUGCCAUGACAGUUCUCAGUCCUUUGACUGACAAAGAUUAUGAAGGGCUAAAGAGAGUACUACGUUCAUUACAGGCUCACAAGAUGGCUUGGCCAUUUUUAGAACCAGUAGAUCCCAAUGAUGCUCCUGAUUAUUAUGGUGUUAUCAAAGAACCUAUGGAUCUUUCCACCAUGGAGGAAAGAAUACUGAAGCGUUACUAUAAAAAGGUGACGGAAUUUGUGGCCGACAUGACCAAAAUAUUUGACAAUUGUCGUUACUACAAUCCAAGCGACUCUCCUUUUUAUCAGUGUGCAGAGGUUCUUGAGUCAUUCUUUGUACAGAAACUAAAAGGAUUCAAAGCAAGCAGGUCUCAUAACAACAAACUGCAGUCGACAGCUUCUUAAAGUUCUAUGUGUUAUUGUACCACAAACCGCAAGUAUCUGGUUGCCUGAGUUUUUUUAAAUUGGGGAGCCAGAGGUUUUUAGUCAGGGUGUCCUGACAAGUCUUGAUGUAAACUGUGUUUUUAUCAGUAACAUCAGAUUUAUAUUCUUGGCUAAUUUUGUCCAAAGGACGAAAGAAUGAAAAUCAGCAGCGUCGUUUUCUUGUCAAGAUCGAAUUGUGCUAUUGUGGCAAAAACAGGGAAAUAUUUUGCUGAAGGACAGGAAAGAAAACAAGCAACAGAAAACAGGAUAACCGUAAAAUGGGGUCAAGUUCUAACUCCAUGGAAAUGCCACAUCUGUUCUUCAGUGAAGAAGCUGGUUUAUAAAUUCCACACAGAGAACUUUAGACUGUAUUUAUUUAUUGUUGCAAAAGGACGCUUUUUUAUUGCUGCCCUCAUAUGUCAGCUGAUUAUCUCCCCCCCCCCCUUAUAAAUCCAGCCCUGGUUGUAUGUUACCCAUUCUGUAUCUUACCAUGAUUCCUGUAGGUAAAAGUACAAGAUGACCUCUAGAUGUCUUUUCUUUCUAUGAAAGGAGCUGCUAUGUACACAUGUGCACAAACCAACUGGGAAUCAAUAUUGAGUUUAUCGUUCACGGUAGAGGAAACCAAUUAAGCUUGCAUUAAAGUUGGGCGAAGUGGUCAUGGACUACAGACUUUGUUGCCUUGAAUAUAACAGUAGAAUAUCAUUUACUCUGCAACGGACUGAUCUGAGUAAAAUCUAUUUGAAGGUAUCUUGUUUGUAAACAUUUGUCAGAUUCUAACUUUUUUUUUCUUUUUGUAUUAAAAAAAAAAUUCAAAACAUGGAUGUAUAUGAAACAAAUAAAUGGAGAUCAUUGUUCUCUCCACAUAUAGGUGUCGUUUGAAUGUUCACUAACAUGUUUGUGAGGUUUGUUCUUAAUGUGUAAGAUCCUCAGAGUACAGAAGGGAAAUGUGGGAAAGGGAAAGGAGGGACAAAGUGGCCCCCCCAAAGUGUGAUUCUAUUUGUUUUUAAUCAAUUAUAAUAAAAUUCUUCUUCAGCAGCAGUUGGUUUCUGACUAUUAUACCUAUUUUAACUAGAUUUUGCACUAAUUCAGAAUUUUUGCCCUUCAAUGAUCUGGAAUUUAUCUGAUUAUGGAUAAGCUUCCCUUGGGUUUAACCUCACCCUGCUAUGCAAAAAUCUUUUCUGUUAAUUUUAUUAGACAUUGCUGUCGUGUUCACACUUUUCUUAUAUAAGUACAGGCUCAGGUGUACAGAUAAUGUAAGGUUAAUUUUCUCUAAGAAAGCUUCUGCUUUUGUACAUAGAUGCUGUCAUUUAAUCCAUACGAAUUUGAAAGGAAGUUAAUGUUCAUUGUGAGACCAUCCAAUUAUGUUUCUUAGACAGUAGGAAGAAGAGUAUUUGUGUGUUAGGGUAUAUUGUCUUAGGACUUUUUUCAAAGAGAUGCUACAUAUUGUAUGCAUUAUGUUUAUAAAAGAAGGACUUUUCCAAAUUUAAUCCUACAAAUACUGUCUCUUCAUCGCAUUUCUUUAUUACUCAUAUUUACGGCUGACCUUGAAAAACCAUGAUGAGAACUUUCCUACUUACAGGCAAUAGAUCAUUGUUUUUAACAGAUUGUGACAAACUGAAAAGUAACUCUUUUUGUACAUAAUAGGACAUUUCACCUUAGACAAAUAAAAUAAUGUUGGACCUCAGAUUUGGUGGAGUUCCUGAUGAAACAUCAUUUGUUUAGAAUAAAAUAUGUAGCGCUUGGCAUUGCCAUACUGUGCAGAAAUUCUUUGAAGUUUUUCAUAUUAAUUAUGAAUGAGGAAAAUGCUACUUUCAUACACUUUUUACCAAGCCUCAUCAUUUUUCCUACUGCUUUGUAAUAUAUGAAGACAAUUCUUAGCUGUACCAACUAUGGUAAUUUUUAGUUUUUUGAAAAACUUUAUUUAUGAGCCAGUGUAAUGUGUGUACAUUUUAAAUACCACUUCUGUAAAAGGAAUAAAG